CUGCAGUUUCUCCGGUCGGUCGGUCGCCGGCGCGGUCAGACUGCAGGCGCGCACGCCCACCACGCAGCCCAGCGAGUCGCCGGCAGCAGGAGGCGGAGGAGAGCAUGAGCUAGCAACAGGCGUGCAGGCGUGGACCAGCAGACAGAGGCAGAGCCAGUCAGCAUGCUCAAGUGGCUGUCCGGGGCGAGGCCCAAGGGUCCGCAGCCGGCAGAGGUCGUCACCGACGACCCGCUCGCCACCAUACACGUCGCGGCGGGAGGCAAGCUGGAUGGGCCGCUCGAGAUCUACGCCGUCAGCAGGGUGAACCCCAUCUUCGACGAGGGCGGCGGCUCGGCAGAUCGGCGCGGGGGCGGCCGUUGCGACCGCGGCGGCUCUUCUGGGUACGGCAGCAGCGGCAGCGGGGGCGGCAGCGGGGGCGGCAGCGGAGCCAGGUCGCCGUGCGCCAGCUCGUCCGGCGGCGAGUCCCCCAAGCAGUCAGCACCGCCCACCCCGGAGCAGGCGUCGCCCACGAGGACGCCGGCUACGAUGCCGGCCGGCCGCUGCUCGUCGCUGCAGACGAGGUCUCCGGCGCCCCCGCGGCACGCCUGCCCGCCCCCGGCCUCGCCGCCGCCUCCGCUCCCGCAGGCACGGCCGCCGCCUCCGGACACGCCGGCGCCCCCGCCCCCCGGGGGCAGUGGGUGCUCGCGGCUGUGUCCCAUCCCGGAGGGCUGGCCCGUAGGAGUGCCGCGUCCCAUCUGGCCGCCGAAGCACCUGGAUGCGCUGUACGCCGCGCUGGCUAAGCACACUGAGCACGAGCCCGCCGCCGCCGUCGCAGCCGCUGCCGCCGUCACGGCGCGGGACCACGCCAGCGACACCGCCUCCUCGUCCGCCAGCAGCGGCUUCGGCGAUGACCACCCGCCUUGUCUCUCCACCAGGCUGGUGUGUGGGGAACGCUGUUCGGCGAAGUCGAUGUCGUCGUCGCGGGAGAAGCUGCUGUCGGCGCGCCCGGACGCCGGUGCUGGCGUCGGCGUCGGGGGCGUGUGCAGGCCGCAUAUCAAUCACUCGCCCCUCGAGCUGACACCCGGCCUCGUGCACGUCCAGAGGAAGACAGGAGAGCGUGAUGUGGAGCAGCCGAGAAGUGGAGCGCCUAAGCCGGACUUCACGCUGGACAAGGCGGCGGCCGAGCGGCUGAUGCGCAACAUUCAGAAGGCGAAGCGGCGCCGCUGCGUGUGCCACGCGGCCACCUCCUUCCUGGGGCUGGCCGUCUUCCUGCUCUCCGUGAUGCUGGUCAGCCUCGCCAUGACGGGCGGGCGGCGCUACUUCGGCUCCCUCUGA